CUUCAUGCUAGACAUUGGAUGGUGUGUUGGGUUCUUGCUGUAAUCUCUCUAUAACUGAAUUGGGAUGGCCUAGGUACUCCUUAUUGAUGAGCUGCUCUGGUAACCUUGGGAAACCCAUUUGGGGCAGAAUUUGGCAGUAUGAGUUGCUAUGGGAUGUCUCAUGGCGCACACUACAGGUUGGCUGGGUCAAACACCUUUGUUUAGUAAGCUGUGCUUAAGUUAGCAGUGAGGCAAAGUCAUUAUCAGUGUUGGUGGUUAUAAUUGGGUCUCUCGUACAUCCCCACUCGCAACACGUCCCAGGGAGGACCCUCAUGGACAGACCGGCAGAGGGCCACGUGGAAGACACUGACCUGGAAGGCCAUGUAGAGACUCUUGAACACCUGUCAAGCUUUGUCCUUGUAAAAGAAAAGAACAUCAUGGAACAUCAGGAAGUAAAUGGAAGAAUUGUGGUCAAGACCAUCGAUGACAUUAAGACAUCACUUACUCUGGCCUGAGAAGACUGAGAAUCCUGCUCUCAGAGUGCCUGGGACAAGUGGACCUGGUGCUGGUGCAGCGUAGAUGCCCUGUCGCUGAGAAUGCUUUCCCUGCCUGUCCUGUCACCCUGAAUGGUGGAGAAGAGGAGGGAGUCAGCACCUGGCCUUGCAUCUUCAUAGGUGACCAUGGAAGCUGGCGGCCUCCCCCUGGAGCUGUGGCGCAUGAUCCUAGCCUACCUGCACCUUCCCGACCUGGGCCGCUGCAGCCUGGUGUGCCGGGCCUGGUACGAGCUGAUCCUCAGUCUCGACAGUACCCGCUGGCGGCAGCUGUGCCUGGGCUGCACCGAGUGCCGCCACCCCAACUGGCCCAACCAGCCGGACGUGGAGCCUGAGUCUUGGAGAGAGGCCUUCAAGCAGCAUUAUCUCGCCUCCAAGACCUGGACCAAAAAUGCCCUGGACUUGGAGUCCUCAGUCUGCUUCUCUCUCUUCCGCCGGAGGAAGGAACGGCGCACGCUGAGCGUCGGGCCAGGCCGUGAGUUUGACAGCCUGGGCAGUGCCUUGGCCAUGGCCAGCCUCUAUGACCGAAUCGUGCUGUUCCCAGGCGUGUACGAAGAGCAAGGUGAAAUCAUCCUGAAGGUGCCCGUGGAGAUCGUGGGCCGAGGGAAGUUAGGCGAGGUGGCCCUGCUGGCCAGCAUUGAUCAGCACUGCUCGACCACACGCCUGUGCAACCUGGUCUUCAUGCCGGCCUGGUUCUCACCCAUCAUGUAUAAGACAACAUCAGGUCAUGUCCAGUUUGACAACUGCAACUUUGAGAAUGGGCACAUCCAGGUACAUGGCCCAGGUACCUGCCAAGUGAAGUUUUGCAUCUUCAAAAACACCCAUGUCUUCCUGCACAACGUGCCCCUGUGUGUCCUGGAAAACUGUGAAUUCGUGGGCAGUGAAAACAACUCUGUGACCGUGGAGGGUCACCCCUCUGCAGAUAAGAACUGGGCCUACAAGUACCUCCUCGGACUGAUCAAGUCCUCUCCCAGUUUGCUGCCCACAGAGGACUCUGACUUCCUAAUGUCCGUGGACCUAGAGAGCCGGGACCAGGCUUGGAGCCCAAAGACCUGUGACAUUGUCAUUGAGGGCAGCCAGAGCCCUCCCAGCCCAGCCUCCAGCUCCUCCAAGGCUGGCUCCCAGGAGACAGAGGGAGGCAGCGAUGGGGAAAGGGUGGCCCAGACCCCAGACAGCAGCGAUGGAGGCCUGAGUCCCAGCGGCGAGGAUGAGGAUGAGGACCAGCUCACAUACAGACUGUCCUACCAGGUACAGGGCCCACGCCCUGUGCUGGGGGGCUCCUUUCUGGGCCCCCCACUGCCAGGGGCAUCCAUCCAGCUGCCUAGCUGCCUGGUGCUGAACUCACUGCAGCAGGAGCUGCAGAAGGACAAGGAGGCCAUGGCAUUGGCCAGCUCCGUGCAGGGCUGCCUCAUCCGCAAGUGCCUGUUCCGUGACGGGAAGGGAGGCGUCUUCGUCUGCUCCUACGGCCGAGCCAAGAUGGAAGGCAACGUCUUCCGGAACCUGACUUAUGCAGUGCGGUGUAUCCACAACAGCAAGAUCGUGAUGCUCAGGAACCACAUUCACCGCUGCCGCGCCUCGGGCAUCUUCCUGCGCCUGGAGGGCGGCGGCCUGAUCGCCGGCAACAACAUCUACCACAACGGCGAGGCUGGCGUGGACAUCCGAAAGAAGUCCAACCCCCUCAUCCUGUGUAACCAGAUCCACCAUGGCCUUCGCUCUGGCAUUGUGGUCCUCGGCAAUGGGAAAGGCGUCAUCCGGAAUAAUCAAAUAUUUUCCAAUAAGGAGGCCGGCAUUUAUAUCCUGUACCAUGGAAACCCAAUCGUGAGCGGGAACCACAUCUUCAAGGGCCGUGCUGCUGGCAUAGCUGUGAAUGAGAAUGGCAAAGGCCUCAUCACAGAAAAUGUCAUCCGUGAGAACCAGUGGGGCGGCGUGGACAUCCGCCGCGGAGGCGUCCCCGUACUCAGGAGCAACCUCAUCUGCUUUGGCUACUCCGACGGCGUGGUCGUCGGGGACGAGGGCAAGGGCCUGAUAGAAGGAAACACCAUCUACGCUAACAAGGGCUGUGGCGUGUGGAUGAUGUCAUCCAGCCUGCCCCACGUCACCAGCAACCACGUCAGCUACAACGGCCUGUACGGGGUGGCAGUGUUCAGCCAGAAGGAUGGCGCCAGCGAGUUCCCUGGAGGCCACGGCGCCCAGGAGAACUUCAGCGAGGACGGGGACGCCAUCCUCUGGGAGCCGGAGCUGGAGAAAGACGACGACCCACUGCGCCGGCCUGUCACCGUGGCGCUGGUGGAGUCCAACAGUGUGAACCAUAACGGAGCCUCAGGACUGUACGUCCAGAGCAGCGAGGCCCUGCACGUCACCGCCAACGUGAUCCAUGCCAAUGGCGACCGAGGCAUCACCGUGGCCCAGAGCAGCCAGCUCACCCGCGUGGCCAACAACAGCAUCUCUUGCAACCGCCAGAGUGGGGUCAAGGUCGAGGCCCAGUGCAAGGUGGAGCUCCGGGGAAAUGGCAUCUAUGACAACAGAGGCCACGGCGUCAUCACCAAAGGCGACAGCACAGUCGUCAUUGAAAACGACAUCAUCGGCAACCGGGGCAGCGGGCUGCAGCUGCUGCCCAGGUCCGACACCAAGGUGAGGGCGCGUGCACGGCUGCGGCGUGUGCCCGACACCAAGGUAAUAAAGAACCGGAUCCACUCAUUCCGGGCCUACGGCAUCGCAGUGCGGGGCCGCGCCAAGGCCCUGGUGCAGGAUAACAUCAUCUUCCAGGGCAAGACCAGCAAGACCAUCUUCCAGCAGAUCGCAAACAACCGGGACUGCGUCAUGCAGAACAACAAGUUCCUGGUCUUCAGGAAGAAGUCCGACACGUGGCGCCUGGUAAACCCACCUGCUCGGCCUCACCUUGAAAACCCCCUCAGAGGCCCCUCUGCAGGCCACAGCGGGCAGAAGGUCACGGCCAUGGGGACCAGGAUCACAGCGCGCGUGGAAGGCGGCUACCACAGCAACCGCAGCAUCUUCUGCACCAUCCUGUAGGGGCGCACCUGCCAGGGCUGAGAGACCAGCGCCUCCGCCUUGCCACCCUGAAAGCGCAGGCCCCAGCCUGCUGGGACUUCAGCUCCACAGCCCUGGGAGGAGAAGGGGCAGGAGCUGGCGGGUUUCGUGGAGAGCUGGGGACUCGGGCUUUUGUAGGGAAGCCCGCGUGACGUGCACCGACCAAGCCUCUUCUCAGGGAGAGACUCCAGUGCGGUGGAGACAGCUGCUCCUGGCCUGGGCCCCCUUCCCCUGACCCUAGCGCCCCCUCCUGGCUGCCUCUGCAGGCUGCAGCAGUGGAGUUUUCGCUUAUUUAAGGUCUCUUAGGGACAAGAACUUGUGAGGGAGGGACUUGGGGUGGAAGCCCCUCCUAAAAGCGCCCCAGGGAUGACAGGGACCUCCUGCUGCCAGAGGCUCCCUUCCCUAGCGGCACAGCUGUGCAGGCAGGUGCUAGGUGGGCAGCCAAGGAUGUGUGAGGCUCCUCUGUUCUCAAGGAGCCCCCCUCCGACUCUGGGGGACAUUAACCCUGUGCCUGCCCCGGGGGAGGAUCCAAAUCCCCAGUGAGUGCCCCCGGUCCCUGGCACGACCCUGGCUCCCGCUCUUGUGCCUUGGUUCCCACUCAGCCCCUCCCUGGCAUGCCCUGAGCCCAGGCCCCACCCACUCCUCCAGGGUUGGCGGACACUGCCCUCCCCCGGCAGAGCCUCCCAGCCCUCUGCCCUCUCAGGGUCCUGAGCACUUUCUGCCUUGUCCUGGAGCUCCCGGGUCUGCCCGCUCACCGUGGGCUCCCUGAGCCGGGAGCCACACCUCACUGCCGGGGCUGUGGCCUCAGUGAGGAGAGGAAGGCCAGCUCCCAGGGGCUUCCUGAACUGUCCUGGGAAUGCGGAGGCUGCGGUGCCAGGCGGGCUUGCCCCCGACGUGGGGAGGGGCUGGAUGCAGGGCCGGCUCAGCCUGAACAGUCCCCCCACUCGGCCUUCUGUGCGGGACCGCUGCACCGCGCUGGGCAGACGGCUUCCCCGGCUGCUAAGGUCGGGCCCUCGGUGCUGCUGUUGGGUGGGCUGGGAAGGGGGGCUGGAGGAAGCCAGGAGUGCUGGCCUCUCCCCAGGACUCGGGCACGAGUGUGCCAGCCCUUUCUGUGCCCAGCACUGUCCUUUGCACUUGUGUGUGGUGGCCCCAGUGUGAGUCGCUGUACAAAAUGCUGCCUUGAUUAUUUUGUAAGAAAUGACUUUUCUGUGAACUUAUACAAAUCUUGAUAACCAAAAUAAAGUUCUAUAUUUUAAAA